AUGGGUGAGGAACGGUAUCGUCUCGUCGUGCUGGGAUCGGCAAAAGUUGGGAAAACGAACUUGAUAAGAAGAUAUUUGUACAAUGAAUUCUCGGAGAAAUACAAGGAGACCAUUGAGGAUCUGCACUCAAGGCAAUUUCGCAUCCAGGGUGUACCACUGCCACUCGACAUCCUUGACACAAACUUCAACUUCCCAGACAUGAGGAAAUUAUCCAUUGCAUCAGCUAGUGCUUUUCUGCUUGUGUUCGCAGUUGAUGAUGUGCCCAGCUUCAAGGAGGUAAGUUCAACACAUAUGAAGUAUUUAAAGCGCUUCGUAUAUAGUAGUGUUCUCUUUGAUUCCUACAGUUUUUUCUUGUGUAUAAAAAAAAGAUGCACUUUCUCAAGUAAUUUAAGUGUAGGCCAAAUACUAAUUUAGUC